UCUCUGUGUCGUCUGUCUGUGUGAGAGUGAACAACCAUCCAAAUGGCUCAACAGGGAGUUCUGCUGGACCAGGACCAGUUCUGUUGUUCUGUCUGUCUGGAUCUACUGAAGGAGCCGGUCACUAUUCCCUGUGGACACAGUUACUGUAGGAGCUGUAUUGAGGGCUGCUGGGAUCAGGAUGUUCUGAAAGGGGUCUAUAGCUGUCCUCAGUGCAGACAUACCUUCACUACAAGGCCUAUGCUGAUGAAAAAUAACAUGUUGGCUGAGCUGGUGGAGAAACUGAAGAAGACAGGACUCCAGGCUGCUCCCCCUCCUGCUCUGUGCUAUGCUGGACCUGGAGAUGUGGCGUGUGAUUUCUGCACUGGGACCAGAAAGCAGAAAGCCCUCAUGUCCUGUCUGGUGUGUCUGGCCUCUUACUGUGAGACUCACCUCCAACCUCACUAUGAAUCUCCUGCUUUGAAGAAGCACAAGCUGGUCAAGGCCACGGCACAACUACAGGAGAAGAUCUGCUCUCAUCAUGACAAACUGCUGGAGGUUUACUGUCGUACCGAUCAGCAGUGUAUCUGUUAUCUGUGUACAAUGGAUGAACAUAAAGGCCAUGAUACAGUGUCAGCUGCAGCAGAGAGGACUGAGAAACAGAGGCAGCUGGGGAUGAGUCAGCAGAAGGUCCAGCAGAGAUUCCAGGAGAGAGAGAAGGAGCUGAAGGAGCUCCAACAGGCUGUGGAGUCUCUCAAGCGCUCUGCACAGUCAGCAGUGGAGGACAGUGAUCAGAUCUUUACUGAGCUGAUCCGCUCCAUUGAGAGAAGGAGCUCUGAGGUGAAGGAGCUGAUCAGAGCCCAAGAGAAGGCUCAAGUGAGUCAAGCUGAAGGACUCCUGGAGCAACUGAAGCAGGAGAUAGCUGAGCUGAGGAAGAGAAGCACUGAGCUGGAGCAGCUCUCACACACAGAGGAUCACAUCCAUUUCCUCCAGAGUUAUCAGUCUCUCUCCAGUAUCAGUGUAUCUUCAGACUUACCCAGCAUCGUUGUCCAUCCUCUUCAGUACUUUGGAGAUGUGAGUAAGACUGUGUCUGAACUGAGAGAGAAACUAGAAGACUUCCUUAAAGGAGAAUGGACCAAGAUCUCCACUACAGUGAAUAUAGUGGAUGUUGUACUGCCUCCAGAGCCCAAGACCAGAGAACAGUUGUUACAAUAUUCCUGUCAGCUCACACUGGACCCAAACACAGCAGACACACACCUCUCUCUGUCUGAAGGGAACAGAAAGGUGACCUGUACAGACCAAGUCCAACCAUAUCCUGACCAUCCAGACAGAUUCACCAACUGGUGUCAGGUUCUGUGUAGAGAGGGUCUGUCUGGACGCUGUUACUGGGAGGUGGAGAGGACUGGUGAUGUUAUUGUUAUAGCAGUCUCAUAUAAAGACAUCAGCAGAACAGGGACAGAUAGUGGAUUUGGAGACAAUAACAAGUCCUGGAGUUUACAGUGCUCUAGAGGUGGUUAUUGUUUCAGUCACAAUAAUGUUGUGACUAAAGUAUCAGGCCCUCAGUCCUCCAGAGUAGGAGUGUACCUGGAUCACAAGGCAGGUACUCUGUCCUUCUACAGUGUCUCUGACACAAUGACCCUCCUCCACAGAGUCCAGACCACAUUCACUCAGCCCCUCUAUCCUGGGUUUUGGCUCAAUGGUACUGCUGAGCUGGUUAAACUGUAGUAGGGUCCACAUAGAUACUAGUCAUGCUGGUGUAGUCUAUAGCCUAUAGAAAAUGCACCUGCACUCUGAUAGUCUCAGAGGUCCGUUAAAAGCGCAGAGAGCAUCAUGAAGAACAAGGAACACACCAGGCAGGUCCGAGAUACUGUUGUGAAGAAGUUUAAAGCCGGAUUUGGAUAAAAAAAAGAUUUCCCAAGCUUUAAACAUCCCAAGGAGCACUGUGCAAGCGAUAAUAUUGAAAUGGAAGGAGUAUCAGACCACUGCAAAUCUACCAAGACCUGGCCGUCCCUCUAAACUUUCAGCUCAUACAAGGAGAAGACUGAUCAGAGAUGCAGCCAAGAGGCCCAUGAUCACUCUGGAUGAACUGCAGAGAUCUACAGCUGAGGUGGGAGACUCUGUCCAUAGGACAACAAUCAGUCUUAUAUUGCACAAAUCUGGCCUUUAUGGAAGAGUGGCAAUAAGAAAGCCAUUUCUUAAAGAUAUCCAUAAAAAGUGUCGUUUAAAGUUUGCCACAAGCCACCUGGGAGACACACCAAACAUGUGGAAGAAGGUGCUCUGGUCAGAUGAAACCAAAAUGGAACUUUUUGGCAACAAUGCAAAACGUUAUGUUUGGCGUAAAAGCAACACAGCUGAACACACCAUCUCCACUGUCAAACAUGGUGGUGGCAGCAUCAUGGUUUGGGCCUGCUUUUCUUCAGCAGGGACAGGGAAGAUGGUUAAAAUUGAUGUGAAGAUGGAUGGAGCCAAAUACAGGACCAUUCUGGAAGAAAACCUGAUGGAGUCUGCAAAAGACCUGAGACUGGGACGGAGAUUUGUCUUCCAACAAGACAAUGAUCCAAAACUUAAAGCAAAAUCUGCAAUGGAAUGGUUCAAAAAUAAACAUAUCCAGGUGUUAGAAUGGCCAAGUCAAAGUCCAGACCUGAAUCCAAUCGAGAAUCUGUGGAAAGAACUGAAAACUGCUGUUCACAAAUGCUCUCCAUCCAACCUCACUGAGCUCGAGCUGUUUUGCAAGGAGGAAUGGGAAAAAAUGUCAGUCUCUCGAUGUGCAAAACUGAUAGAGGCAUACCCCAAGCGACUUACAGCUGUAAUCGCAGCAAAAGGUGGCGCUACAAAGUAUUAACUUAAAAGGGGGCUGAAUAAUUUUGCACGCCCAAUUUUUCAGUUUUUGUUUUGUUAAAAAAGUUUGAAAUAUCCAAUAAAUGUCGUUCCACUUCA